GCAAAGAAAUGGCAUCUUCUGGCUUGCCAAUUCAUAUUCAUUGCUCAGCUCAAAAGCCUUCCGUAUCUUCAUCAGCCAACUUUGAUCAUUUAAAGUCAACACUUUCCAAUGCAUUUAAGCCAUUUUUAAAACAAACAGAGCGGCUUCCAUUGCGAAUAGAUGUGGCUCCACAAACUCUGAACGACACUUGUCUCAAACUAGUGGAUGCAGCUGUUGAUUCUGUGUUUGAGUUUGCUGAUCAGCCAUUGCUCCCAUCUCAGAGUAAUUUUGGGCCGGUAGAUGAGAUGAAAGAAGCCGUUCAAGUCACCAACAUCCAAGGGGAAAUACCUCGUGAUUUUGCUGAGGGUGUCUACAUCAGAAACGGGCCAAACCCCAUAUUUGGAGCAUUAACAUCAACGAGUUCGAUGUUUGGGAGGUCAAGUUACACUUGGAUCGAAGGGGAAGGGAUGCUUCAUGCUUUGUAUUUUUGCAAAGGCGUUGAGGGAGACUGGACCGUCCUUUAUAAAAACAGAUACGUGGAAACAGAGACAUUGAAGCUGGAAAAACAACGGAACAAACCCUCGUUUCUACCUGCCAUAGAAGGGGAUUCUCCAGCUAUUUUGUCUGCGUAUUUGCUUAACAUGUUGAGAUAUGGUAAAGUAAACAAAGAAAUAAGCAACACCAACGUAUUUGAGCAUGGUGGGAAGAUGUACUCAAUAGCAGAAAAUCACAAACCUCAGGAGAUUAACAUCCUUACGCUUGAAACUUUGAAUGAUUGGGAUGUUAAUGGAGGUUGGAACAGGCCAUUUUCUUCUCAUCCCAAGAAAGCUCCAGGCACUGGGGAGCUUGUUAUUCUUGGGAUUGAUGCAACUAAGCCUUUUGCGGAACUGGGAGUAAUUUCUGCUGAUGGAAAUAAAUUGCUUCAUAGAGCGGAUCUGAAAUUAAAUAGGUGUAGCCUAUGCCAUGAAAUUGGAGUUACACAGAGGUACAAUGUAUUUAUGGAUCACCCUCUAUUGAUAGACUUGAACAGACUUGUUCGUGGUAGCUCAUUAAUGAAAUACGAAAAAGAAGGAUAUGCAAGGAUCGGCAUAAUGCCUCGCUAUGGAUCGGCAGAUUCAAUCCAGUGGUUUAAAGUGAAGCCCAAUUGCACAUUUCACCUUUUCAAUUGUUUUGAAGAUGGUGAUGAGGUUGUGAUGUGGGGAUGUAGAGCCCUUGAUUCAAUAAUACCAGGGCCUGAUAAGGGACAGAACAAAUUUGAUUGGUUCUCGAGAAAAUUGAGGCCUAUAAAACCCAUUGAAGGAAGCAUGGAUGCUGUAUCAGAAGAUCAGUUAGUGUUUCCUCGUCCUUAUGAGUGGCGAAUGAACAAGCAAACCGGUGAUGUAAAGGAGAGAAAUCUAACAGGGACUGAAUAUUCCAUGGAUUUUCCAUUUAUUAAUGAAGGUUUCGUAGGAGUUCAAAAUAAUUAUGGGUAUUGCCAAGUACGUGAUUCUAUUGCAAGUUCUGCAUCAGGCAUGGCAAAAUAUGGAGGUCUUGCAAAGUUAUAUUUUGGAGAGCAGAAUCCUGGUUUUUCCUUGAAAGAAAAUGAAGUAGAAGGGUUGACAAAGGUAGAAUAUCAUAUGUUUGAGAAGAACACAUUCGGCACCGGAGCUGCCUUCGUCCCUAAACAAGGUGGUGUUGAAGAAGAUGAUGGUUGGGUCGUCACAUUUGUUCACAAUGAAGAUACUAAUAUAUCUCAAGUCCUUAUAAUUGAAGCAAAGAGCUUUACCAGUAAACCCGUAGCCAGAAUCACGUUGCCAUUUAGAGUUCCAUAUGGUUUUCAUGGAACUUUUAGGCCAAUGCAACUGCAAAAUGACAUCUUGAGUAUAAUCCCCUCCUUGAAUUCUAAAAUAGUAAAAAGCAUAUCUCCUUCAUGUUCACAAAUUCAUGAAUGAUUGAGUGUCUAAUCAUAUACAUUGAUUUCUUAAGUGUGGGAUAAAAGUUUGGUUGAUAUUUUCAUAGAUUCUUAUUUGUAUCAAUAAAUAAAAUGUAUUGUUGAGGAGAUAAUAAAGAUUAGGUUUUGUGAGGUUGAAAUCUUAAUACGUGUG